CAGUGACGUCUCAAAAAUGAUCACGUGAUGCGUGACGUCAAUGUCCCGUUUCAAUAGCAGAAAUGGCCACCGCGGAAGUGGAGAGGAGGCGCGCGCGGCUCGCCACCAUGUCUAUCGCGGCCGUUGUCAUCCUCGUGGGAAUCCCCCUGUGGUGGCGGACCACUACCACGUACCGCGCCUGGUUGCCCGUGACUCAAAUUCAAGAACUGGCGAAGCUGCAGCUUCUUCUGAGUGCUGACGUGGAGGUGGUGUUUGCACGCGGGACGCUGACACCGGAACAGCAGAAGAAGAUCACCGUGACACACACGCAGGAUGAGGACCACGACAUUAACGGAGAGACUUCUUUAACUUACAGAUAUGAGACACGUUAUCGCACAGCAACAAUCAUGGAGGAGGACGCCUUGAGCCAGCCUAGUGCUGUGGCGACCGAUCUUUCCCUGCAUACGCUCAGCGAGAGUCCGUGUGGCUCGUUGGUGGUCUACGUAAUCCCAGAAUCUUCUUCGCUCCUGCCUCAGGACGUGGACGUGUACGUCGGCCAGCGGCGGACGGCCUUGCUGCGCGUGGCGGCUGAGACGAAGGCGGCCAAGACGCUGGACCAAGUGCUGGCCGCCGUCGAGCCGCGGGUGAAGGAGGUGCUGCAGGUGAUGUCGUUCAGCCACCACGACAUCACGGCCGCCCUCGGCGACAGAGUGCGACUGAGCCCCGGAAGCCCGCAACGCAAAGCUGACAGCAUGAGAUCAUUCAAGUCCAGUCCGGGUUACGAGAUCACCUUCAGCCUGCUGAAUCCCGACCCCAAGUGGCACCGACUGCAUUGGGACAUAGAGGGCGCCGUGCGCACCUACGUCCAACCGCUGCUCUCCAAGCUAAGCCCCGUGGCGAACUUUAGCGUCGACUCGCAGAUGCUGCACUACACCAUGCUGGGCGUCAACGCCCAAUUUGACGCCAGCCACGACGCAUACACGCUAAGCGUAGAGAGCCUCGCGCACGUCAUCAACCCCGUGGAGGCUCGACUGGGCUCUAACGCCGCCUCAUCCAACGCGCUGCUCAACUUCCUGCUGUACGUGCCCGACCCCCAACACUCGCCGCUCCGCAUCCUCGAUCACCAGAAGCGACAGGUCGCCUCCAACGCCUUUCACUCGCCGCGAUGGGGCGGAAUCAUGGUUUACAACGUGAAUGGCUUCUAUGAAGCGAAUGGAGAGGCUGUCGACGUCAACAUCAACAUGGCCGAAGUGAUGGGCGUCUUCCUCGCACAGCUACGUCUGUUGCUGGGCGUGCAUCCCUCGGCGCCUCGAGCCGGAUUUUUGGUGGCGCCGCCCGGCAGCUCGGGCCUGUCGGACUGGGAGCUGGACCGCCUCAUGUGGAGUCGCAGCGUGGAGAAUGUUGCCACGGCGACCACCACCAUCACGUCCCUGGCACAGCUGCUGGACCAGAUCGACAACAUCGUCAUCAACGACAACAUCGCACAGCAGGUGUCGAGCGCGAUUGCUUCGCUGCAGCUGGCUACGGCCGAGCUGGAGUCGGGCAACCUGGCCUUCGCCCUGCAGUACAGCAAAGAAGCCAUCCUGGCGUCUGAGCGGGCCUUCUUCGACCCAUCGCUGCUGCACCUGCUCUACUUCCCCAACGACCAGAAGUUUGCCAUCUACAUCCCGCUCUUCGUGCCCAUUUGCGUUCCCCUCGUGCUGGCGCUGCUCCAAAUUAUGUCGGAGGUGCACCAGAGGCGCAGGGACAAGCAGGCCAAGAAGGACUAAAGCGGUGAGAAUUGCUACCUUUUUAGUUGAUCCCCCCCCCC